AUCUGCCAUUCUCUCUCUCUCGGACUCUCGCUCGCUCCCAAAACCCCGCGGCCCCAAAUCCACAUCGCCCGCUCCUCUUCUAGGGUUUCUGAUCCAUCUUCCAUCGCCUUGAUUAUAGGGUUCCGCCUCGGGGAUCGGCGUUUCUUGGAUCGCCGCCCUCCGAAUCCCACCCCCCCAUGUGCCAAGAAGAAGAACAAGCGGCGUCGCGGUUCUUGUUGUUGUCGGUGACACUGGGAAUCGAUCUCCGUUUCUGGUGUGCGUAGCGGGGAAAUGAGGAGGAAGAGAAAGGAAAUUAGGUCUUCGGAGAAUGUUGGAUUCUACCUGUCCGAUGAUUUUGACAAGGCGCGCCAGAUCAAGAAGAAGUGCAGCGAGCACUGGAAGGUUUGCCCUGCGGAAAAGGUGGGAUCGUGCAGCCGUGGGGAUGAGAAGGUCGGAUCUUGCGGCGGCGGAACGGCCGCUGGAGUCGUCAUGACCGCUCCUGCAUCCGGGAGAUCGGCGGCUGAUUCCCCUGGUCGCGGCCUAAAGAGGAAGCUGGGGUGCGUCGAAUCUGCAACCAGGAUCGGACGGAAGAAGAAACUGGAGAAUGAGUACGUUCUUGGACGCCAGAUCGGGAAAGGGAGAUUUGGGUCUGUGCGGUUGUGCUGGAGCAAGGUCAAUGGUGAGGAAUUUGCCUGCAAGACGCUGCUUAAGAAUGGUGAGGAGACGGUGCACCGUGAGGUGGAGAUCAUGCAACAUGUAUCUGGUCACCCGGGCAUUGUGACCCUAAAGGCCGUAUUUGAAGAUUCCAAAAGCUUCCAUCUCGUUAUGGAGCUAUGCUCUGGGGGCCGGUUGAUGGACCAGAUGGUCAAGGAAGGAAGGUAUUCGGAGUGCAGAGCCGCAAUUUUGAUGAAGGAGUUAAUUUUGGUUAUCAAGUAUUGCCAUGAAAUGGGUGUGGUUCAUCGUGAUAUUAAGCCAGAGAAUAUUCUUCUCACCACCUCAGGGAAGAUGAAGCUUUCAGACUUUGGAUUGGCAGUCCGGGUUGCAUGCGGUCAGAAGUUGUCUGGUGUUGCUGGAAGCCCAGCAUAUGUAGCACCAGAAGUUCUCUUGGGGGACUAUUCUGAGAAAGUAGAUAUUUGGGCAGCCGGUGUUCUCCUCCACUUGCUGCUGGUUGGUGGGCUACCAUUCAAUGGUGGAUCUUUGGAAGCUGUCUUUGAGGCAAUUAAAAAGACCGAGCUUGAUUUUACAUGUGGGGUGUGGGAGUCAAUAUCGGAGCUAGCACGGGACCUGCUUAGUAGGAUGCUGACUCGGGAUGUCUCAAAAAGGAUCACGACUGAUGAAAUUUUAAAUCACUCGUGGAUUUUAUUCUAUACAAAAUGCCCAUCCGAGGUGAUGCGAAGAAAAUCUGUAAGAAAAAACAUUAAACCCAUAAUCGAUGUCGAGAGAAUUGCUGCAGCCAUCAGCAGCACUCUGUCUACAGAGAGUUCAAGUUCAAAGUCCGAGGAGCAGGAUGGCUGUUGCUUUGUCGAUGCUCUCGCAGCUGCCAUGUCACGUGUUUCAAUCUCUGAGACGAAGCGCACCAGGCUGUGCGGCCCUGUGAGUCCAAUCCAGCAGCAGUGCUCUUCUAACAUGGAAUCUAACCUCUGUACAGCAUUCUGACUCUGGUAUAUACUGAUCUCCUCCAUGGUUUUGAUUACUGAACUAAAUAACCACGAGCUAAUCAAUGGCGGCACGACAACUUAUUUGUCUCACUGGUCCCUACCUCUCAGGUAUUCAGUGUGGUCUCACAGUCUUGGAUUACCAUGUUCAAUUGUAUCAUAAACUUGGAACUUUGCAUUGUAAAAUGACUGACAUCAACUCCGUGACUUGUGGAAAGUAUUUUUCCGGCAGCUUCAUUAUGUCGAUAUUUUUCAUGAUCA